AGCCUCUUCGGCGCAUCCAGUGGAAAUGACAACCCAGAGGCGCUCCGCGGGCCGGCAUGUCAAAUAACAACAACACUCGUGAGCUUUAGCGACGUGCAACUCAUCCGGAACUCACGACCUCGGACUCCAGCGAGGCUUCUCCCGGGGCCGCGUCGUGGCUCCUCGGGCGCCCUCAAAAGUUGGAGCUCGCUCGCCCAAUGGACGUCCAUGGACUGGAAUAAAAGCUCCACAUCUAUCGGACCGAAGGAAGAAGGAGGGAGAGAAACCCCCUGCAUGUUCAAGUUUCCUGCUCCAACUAGAGGGGCAUCGGUGCGUGCGUGUCGGAUGUGUGCGUGGACGUGUGAGUGUGUGUGUGGAAGUGUGUGUGCGCGCCCGCAGGACCAGCAGCAGCAGCAGCAGCAGCGGCGGCCGCGGGAAGUUUAGCGCCGUGAUUUGUCUUCUCUCUCCUCUGCUGCGUUGCUUUUUCAUGUCACACCCGGGGACGGGCGGAUUAACGUUUCCCUGAUGAAAAUACAUCAUCUUUGGACAGACUCUGUGAUCGUGACCAUGACGAUGAUGUCGAGUAAGAGCGUGGAGUGGCUCCAGGAGGAGCUGGAGUCUGGGGCCAGCUCCCUGCUGCUGCUGCUGGACUGCAGACCCCAUGAGCUGUACGAGUCCUCGCACAUCGAGUCGGCCAUCAACCUGGCCAUCCCGGGCCUCAUGCUGCGGAGGCUGAAGAAGGGCAACCUCCCCAUCCGCUCCAUCAUCCCCAACAACGAGGACAAGGAGAAAUUCGUCAAGCGGUGCAAGACGGACGUGGUGGUGCUGUACGACGAGGCGACCCCGGAGCGGCAGGAGUCCGGACUGGGGAGCUCCGUGCUGGGGCUGCUGCUGCAGAAGCUCCGGGACGACGGGUGCAAGGCGUUCCACCUGGAGGGGGGCUUUAACAAGUUCCAGUCGGAGUACCCCGAGCACUGCGAGACCAAUUUGGACUGCUCCUGUCCCAGCAGCUCGCCACCGGCCUCCGUCCUCGGCCUGGGAGGACUCCGCAUCAGCUCCGACUGCUCAGACGGGGAAUCCGACCGUGAGCCGGGCAGCGCCACAGAGUCGGAGGGCAGCCCGCUCCCCAACAACCAGCCAGCGUUUCCUGUCCAGAUCCUGCCGUACCUUUACCUGGGCUGUGCCAAAGACUCCACCAACCUGGAUGUGCUCAGCAAGUACAACAUCAAGUACAUCCUCAACGUGACGCCCAACCUGCCCAACAUGUUCGAACACGAAGGCGACUUCAAGUACAAACAGAUCCCCAUCUCCGAUCACUGGAGCCAGAACCUCUCUCAGUUUUUCCCCGAAGCCAUUUCAUUCAUUGACGAAGCUCGCUCCAAAAAGUGCGGCAUCCUGGUGCACUGCCUGGCCGGCAUCAGCCGCUCGGUGACCGUCACGGUGGCCUACCUGAUGCAGAAGCUCAACCUGUCCCUCAACGACGCGUACGACUUUGUCAAGCGGAAAAAGUCAAACAUUUCCCCAAACUUCAACUUCAUGGGCCAGCUGCUGGACUUUGAGCGGACGCUGGGCCUCAACAGCCCGUGUGAUAACCACUCCACCUCCCCGACGCACGACCAGCUCUUCUUCACCACCCCGACCAAUCACAAUGUGUUUCAACUGGACACGCUGGAGUCCAGAUGAAAAUCCGCGGGGGUGACUGUUCCUUCUUCGGGGGGGUUAACGGUGGUGUUGUUACCAUGAUAACAAGCGGCUGCACUGGAGGGAAGCUGCCAGUUUCAAUGAAUGUUUUAGCCUCCUGAGACUCGUUGUCUGAGAGCCUGGCGAAGGAGGGGCGGCGGCAGUGGGAGGUCACAGAUGCCGCGUUGAAGAAGAGGACGAGGUGGGGUUUUUUUACCAAGUGGGGGGAACUGACAAAUGGGUUUACAAUGGCGUCCUCCGUGGGAGUUGAUUGAAAUCGAGGGAGGAAGAGCCCCGAUCAACUCGUCUUGCCACAAAGAGCCAAAGAGACUGAAGUGACUGAGCGAAGGACGCGGGAGGACAGACAGCUUCAUACAAAGAUAGGAAAAAUCGACUUCUGAGACAACAACAUCCUCUCUGUCUUUCUCUCGGCUGCCUGGCCGAGCUGACUGGUGCCAAGUGGAGAAUCUGGGAUGUACUCGUAGGAAAUCUCGCACAAACCAAGGAAUUAACACACACAGAAACAAAGUAUGUAAGUUCGCGCUGUAUGUUUGUCAACGUACAGAGCGAACAAUUCAGUAUGUCUCGUGUACAUUUUUGUGUACAUUAACGCACAAAUCUGUACCUUAUAUAAAUAUAUACACAUAGAAAUCGUAUCUAUUCGAUCCAACAAUGGCUUAAGAGAUUGUGAAACUAAAGAAACGGCGGAGACGCCAACAAAGAGGAACGUUAUUGUGAUAUUCCGAGUUAUCUUUUUGUUGUUGUUGUAAGUUUUGUUUUCCUUCUAGGUUUGUCAUGACCUAAUGCAGUUUGCACAGUGGUGUAGCCAUUGACUCGUUGGCACUUGGAGCCCGUGCUGGAUGCAGGCAGAUAAAGAGACAUUCAGAGAAGAGGAGAGGCCAGUCCCAGGCUGCGACGAGUCCCGACAGCUGCACAGUGGAGUGGGGAGGGGGGGGGGGACUGGCCCCCAAGCCAAGGACGAGGUUCAGGGGUGAGAGAGUUGGGUCAGGGGCGAGCAGCGGGCAGGAUCAGGGGGUUGGGCUUGGGUCUGGGUGAAGACAUGACAGGCCAGUUGGCAUCCGGCCAACUGUUUUCAAGCGCAAGUUCCUACUUCCUUCCCCGUAUGACUGUUCAUCCAGUUGCCUUACGAGAAGUACCAGUUGUCUCCGCCAACUGUUUUGAUUUGUUCAGUGAGAGAGUAAACGACUGAAAGUCCUCGGUUACUUCAUCACAUCGCAUAUCGUCUUACCACAGUAUGAUUUUGCCAAACUGGUUUCUCACACCUCUGCUGUUUACACUUCACCGAGAGGUCAUUGUGGGGAUGCUAAGGCAGUGUUAACUUUACUGAGCAACUUUUUGGGCAGCUUAUUUUAGUGACCUUUGGAAAGGAAGUGCCUCAACACUCUUGUAUUACCCGACUUCGCUUUGCCCCAGAGGAAGUUUUUCAAUUGGUUGUCAUAGCUUAGGUUCCUUUUACCAACAAAAAAAUAGAAGAACUGCAGGACACAGGACUGCGAUUGUAUCCUGGUCUUGGUAUUAUGGGGUUGUUGACUGGGACUGGCUUCAGACUGCACUUAGUUACUUCAAUAGCUUCACGUCCCAUAACUGCAUUGGAGAAAACAGGAGGAAGAUCUUUCUGCCAAGAGAUCGUCCAUUUUGUCAAAGAAAGGUUUAAGUUGAUUUACCCUUAAGCCUUGGGUAUAUGAAAGAUAAAUUGAUGUAUAUAUAUAUACAUAUAUACACAUAUAUAUAUAUGUAUGUAUUAUAGAGAUAAUAGUAAAGAGUUCUAUAUAUUAUUUUGUAUACCUGAGCAUGCUGUGGUACUGUAUGCUCUCUAACAGUCGACAUAACCACGGGUUGGAUGUUGCUUUACCAGGUGGGAAGAUGAAUGAUGAGGACCGUUUUUUUAACUGCUGUUGCUGCUGCACACAGCGGUACACAGUAUGUAGUUUAAAGAGUUUUCUGAGAUCCUGUCCACACCAGAAGCACCUGAACAAGAAAGACUCCAAAACAUGUGCAAAUGCUGCAUUAUUUUUGCUUUUAAUGUCGUCUUUCUCCAGAACAACACAAAAGCACUUAGAUGUAUGGCAAUGUCUGUAGGUACACUGGGCGUCAUGCAGGAACAUCCUGAAUCUCUCUCACUUUCUUCGGUGAGGGAUGCUCAGACGAGUCGGAUUCAGCUUGAAACUGCACAAACAUGUUGUAAACGGCACGUUUCAAGCUGGUGACGGCCGCCUGCGUAUGAGGACGCGCACAUUCGUGAGUUGCGAUUGUUCCACAAUUGCCGCUUGAGAAUCGCUUUAUAAGGCUCCCUGUUCCGCUGGACACGUGUUGUUCACGAAAAGUUUUUUUUUUUUUAAAGCAGAUUGGAAUCGCAGGCGUAAUAUUUAGCAUUGACGGUAGUCCCAAAAAUAAAAAAAGGCUAUUAAUAUGCUCGUCUACUGUGAAAGCAGGAAUGGUUCGAUAAGAAAACCAAUGAGGAGAAGAAGAAAAAACACAGCGCUGGGAUCGCAACUGUUUUGACAAGUUCUCUUGAAUAACUUGCACACUUGAGAACAAAUCAAACAAACACAGUGUGAUUCUUUCAUGAGGCCCAUCGUUAAAAAAGCAAGCUGCGUGGCUACAGGUUUCAUGUGGACAGGGUCUUACCAGAAACAAAGAACUGGGUUUCAGAUGGGACGGUUGAUUCUGAAGGUUGGUUUUUGCUGGCCUUAUAUAAUCUUUCUAACUUGUUUCUAAUGCUGACUGUUCAAUACUUUGUAUCUCACUUUAGAAAAACGUUGUGUAAAAAGGAAGAGAAAAAAGGAGUCUUUUGUUUAUCUGUUAUUUGAAUCAGAACAUGGUAAUAGCAGACAGCGAGCUGUCUUUCUAUUUUGUUUUUACCACCACGGGUCACAAAAGGUCCUCUUUGUUACUCUGCAAUAUAUCAAAAGACCCUUUUUGCAGUAUUUUGUAGAUCCAAGUCCUUUUUUAAAAUCUUCUUCUUUUGUACUAUAUCUAUUCUAUUAUAAUUAUACAAAAUCCAGCUCGAUAUGGCUUGUGGACUGAAGUAACAUUUCAACUGGGGUGUCCAAAAUGUAGGGCCGGCGUGCCUGUUACCAACUUGAAAGAGGCCCUCACUAACACACUCUCUCACACACACACACACACACACACACACACACACACACUGCUUCACGCAGCCAGAGCUGUGGGACAGCAUGCCAGUUAUGUUUCACAAUAGACGAUUACACCACCCCGCUUAUAUAAUUACGUCUUUCUCCGUUUUGUUUUGAUAUAUUGCGCUCUAUGCUAUUCCCGUGGCCUUUAAAUAUGAAUAUAUAUUUAAGUAUAUAUAUGUGAUGGAUUUAUAUGCAAAUUCCUUCUCUUCUAACAUCAGAGAUGAGAAUAAUACCACCAACUUGAUCACUUGCACCCUAGGGUUGAAAUAUAUUUCAGUACGGAGCUUUUCUAUUUAAAAAGAAAAUGGAUGAUUUCAAGCUGCUUUUUGAGUGUGUGUGUGUGUGUGUGUGUUUUUGUCUUUGUAACGGUGAAAGAGAAAUUAAGUCUUUUUCUCUGUUUGUAAAUUUGCCAGAUCACGGGAACGGACGUUUCUGUGUCCUUAAAGUUGUUGCUACAUCUCGGUAGGAAUGUGCUGGGGAGGGAAAGCAGAGAGGGGGUGGCAGCGCGAAAUACAAAGUGAAAGAAGAAGUGAAUGAUUUUCAAAAUGUUACCUCAGUGAGGGAUUUUUCAGGGAUUUUUUUGACAAUGCAUCUUGCAUCGUGUUACAGCUCGAAACACACGUUGAAUAGCUGUUUUGUAUUGUGCUGUAAACAGUUUUUAAAAGAAGAUGCAAUCUAUCUGUAUAAAAACAAGGGGCAUGUUAACCAGGGCAGUUUCACCUUUCUGUCUACUGAAGGAAAUACGAUUGACCCGAUGUAUUGUACAGUAUAUGGAAACAACACAAGACAUGUUUAUACUGCAAAUAAAUAUUGAAAUAUU